AUGUCGAGGGUCCCAAGUCGGCCACCUCCAGCAGAAAUGUUGAGUGGCCCUGUAGCGGAGAGCUGGUGCCACACUGAGAUCACGGUAGUGAAAUUCUCCCACAUGUGGACCAUCAGUGACUUUAGCUUUUGCUGGCAGGAAGUGGGUGACGUCAUUCAAAGUUCCACCUUUUCAUCAGAAGCCAUUGAUCAACUGACAUGGCGUUUGAGGGUAUACCCAAAAGGGCUAGAUACAGUAAGCAAAGAUUACCUGUCACUUUACCUGUCUCUGGUCAGUUCUCCAAAGUGUAUAUUUUUGGCAAAAUUCAAACUCUCCAUCCUGAGUGACAAGGGAGAAGAAAUCAAAUCUUUGGAGAGUCACUGGGCAUAUAGCUUUGUACAAGGCAAAAGACUGGGGUUCAAGAAAUUUAUCCAUAGAGAUGUUCUUUUGGAUGAAGACAAUAGUCUUCUCCCUGAUGACAAGCUGGCCCUCUUCUUUGAGGUGAGUGUGGUGCAAGAUUCCUUCACCAUUUCUGGCCAGAGUACCACGGAGAUGGUGACGGUUCCUGAGUGCCAGGUGGCCCAUGCGCCAGGAGGACUUCGGGAACAUUCCUGGUUCACAGACUGUUGUUUCUGUGUUGCUGGCCAGGAAUUCCAGGCUCACAAUGCUAUCUUAGCAGCUCGUUCCCCAGUGUUUAGGGCCAUGUUUGCGCAUGCAAUGGAGGAGAGCAACAAGAGUCGGGUUGAAAUCAUUGACAUGGAGCCUGGACCUGGAGUUUUUAAGGAAAUGAUGUGCUUCAUUUACACGGAGAAGGCUCCGAACCUGGACAAAAUGGCUGAUGGUUUGCUGGCAGCUGCUGACAAGUAUGCCCUGGAGCGUUUGAAGGUCAUGUGCCAGGAAGCCCUCAGCAGACACCUCUCUGAGGAGGAUGCUGCGGAAAUGCUCACCUUGGCUGACCUCCACAGAGCAGAUCAACUGAAACCUCAGGCAGUGGACUUCAUCAACUCUCACGCUGAGGAUGUCUUGGAGACUGAGGGGUGGCAGGCCAUGGUGGGGUCCCAUCUCCAGUUGGUGUCUGAGAUGUACCGCUCUCUGGCGUCAGCAGAGGGCGCUUGUCUGGGACCCCCACGCAAUUGCCUGAAGCAGUCCUGA